AAAAAAGAAAUAUGCCAAUUUUUAGUCCAAGUCUACGAGUCAAGGCUGAUCAAGCAAACAGCGCCCACCAAGGCACGCCGCGUAGGGCAGGUGGCUGAUCGUGUCAUGCCAUUAGUUGGCUUUGUUGUGGCAGUUCCUCGUCUCUUCUGUUGAAUCUUCUCCGUUCAGAUAUAAUUCAUAAAUAAAAGGAACAGCAGGAAACAAAGUACGUAACUCAUCCUGCAGUAAUCCUCACUGAACCAACACAAAUAUUUGCAUUUCUUCUUCCUUGGUUUCAUCAAAAACACAUAUAUGGCGAACCCCUUAUCAAUCGUGACAAAACCUAUUCUGGAUGAGAUCAUUAAGACUACUUCCGACUUGAUCAAGGAGACGUAUUCUUCGGUCCGUGGCGUGAAGGAAGAUGUAAAGAACCUCUCAAGUACGCUCAGUACCAUCAAAGCUGUGCUUGAGGAUGCGGAGAACAAGCAAGAGAACAACCCACAACUGAAAGAUUGGCUCGGAAAGCUCAAGGAGGCAGCUUUUGAUGCUGAGGACAUACUGGAAACGUUUGCAACUGAAGCUUAUCAGUGGAAUAAGCAGCAGAGUGCGGUACGUAACCCCCUACCUUCUUUUGGUAAAGCAUCCUCUAAAUAUGAUACUGCACAGAAGAUCAAAGAUAUUUCAAAAAGAUUUGAUGUAAUUGCGGAAGAAAAAAACAAAUUCCAUCUCGCCAUCCAAGUUAAUGGUGGGAGGACUGAGACCCCAAUCUACACUGGCUUUUUUGUGGAUAAGUCUGAUGUAGUUGGCAGGGAAGCUGAUAAAGAAAGCAUAACACAUAUGAUGCUAUCGAAUGAAUUCGAUAAAGAAGGCGACGUUUCUGUGAUUCCAAUCAUAGGGAUGGGAGGCCUGGGCAAAACAACUCUUGCUCAACUUGUCUUCAACGACGAGACGGUAAGUGACCAUUUCGAAUCAAGAAUGUGGGUCUGCGUUACAGCUGAGUUUGACUCCACAAGGAUUCUUAAAGAAAUGAUACAAUUUCAUUCUAAGAUGAAAUUGGAUGACAGCUCCAUAAGCAUCCUACAGGGUCGGCUUCUGGAAUUCAUAAGAGGACAACGUUUCUUACUUGUUCUAGAUGAUGUCUGGACUGAGGAUAUCUCAAAAUGGGAUUUCCUGAAGGGUCUCUUGAAACAAGGGGCAAAGGGAAGCAGAGUUUUGGUAACCAGUCGGAGUAGCAAGGUUGGGGAAAUUACAGGCACUCAGCCUUCCUAUAGUUUGCAAUAUUUGCCUGAAGACGAAUGCUGGUCCUUAUUUGCAAAGAUUGCAUUUGGGAAUAUUGGCACUUCUUUAUCCAGCGAAACACGGAAAGACUUGGAAGAUAUUGGUAGAGAAAUCGUUAGAAAGUGCCAAGGUCUCCCAUUGGCUGUCAAGGCAAUGGGAGGUAUCCUGCGCAGCCACAUUGAUGUAAGCAAAUGGCAGCAAAUUCAAAGAAGUGAAAUAUGGGAGAUAGAAGACCAGGACCCUGCAGCUGACAGGCUAAAAGUUAUGGCUCUUCUAAAAUUGAGCUAUGACCACCUACCUGCUUAUCUAAAGCGUUGUUUUGAGUACUGCUCCUUAUUUCCCAAAUCCCAUGCGUUCUAUAAGGAAGAGUUGGUCAAACUCUGGAUAGCGCAAGGUUUUGUACAAUCCAGGGGACGGGAUACGAUGGAGGAGGCUGGAAUUGCAUAUUUCAGUGAGCUUUUUAUAAGGUCCUUCUUUCAAUCUUCAACCAUUGACAACAAGGAGAUAUUCAGCAUGCACGAUCUUAUCCAUGACUUGGCUCAAUCAAUUUCAACCCCCAAUUGCUGCCAGGUGAAGGGCAACGAGUUAUACAGUUUCUCUGAACAAUCUCGUCACGUGUCCUUGCUCGGUAAAGAUGUCGAGCAGCCCAUGUUGGAGAUUGUCAAUAAUGCUAAGAAGCUGCGCACACUUCUACUGCCUAGUGGCCACUUGAAAAUCUUUGGUCAAGCCCUUGACAAAGUGUUUCGUACGUUGCAUUUCAUACGCGGGUUGGAUCUUAGUUCAAGCCAGAUCUCGAAAUUGCCCGACUCAAUCGAAGAGUUGAAGCUGUUGCGCUACCUUGACCUCUCUAAAACAGACAUCAGUGUCCUCCCCAACUCAAUUUGCAAUCUCUUCAAUUUGCAAACAUUGAAACUCUUGGGGUGCGCUUGGCUUUCUGCUUUGCCCAAGGACUUGGGGAAUUUGGUUAAUCUUCGACAUCUUGAGCUCGAUGAUAUGUUCUGGUUCAAGCUCUCCAUGUUGCCACCAAAUAUGGGGAACUUAACCAGGCUGCACAAUUUGCCCAUAUUUCAGGUUGGCCAGGAGGUUAAUGGAUAUGGAAUUAAACAAUUGGACAAAAUGGGGCAUCUUUCAGGAACAUUGCACAUCUCAAAGCUAGAGAAGGCAGUUAAUGCAGGAGACGCCAAGUUGAAUGAGAAGAAGAGCCUUGACAAGUUGGUGUUUGAAUGGAGUGACAGAGUUGUCAAUACACAAGAUGAAGCAACUGAAAACAGUCUACUCGAAGAUCUACAACCUCACUCAAACAUCAGAGAGCUCGAAAUUAUACGUUAUAGAGGCAAUGAAUUUCCUGCUUGGAUGAAAGAAGGGCGGCUCCAAAAUUUAGUCAGUCUUACCUUGAAUGGCUGCAUCAAAUGCAAAACCCUCACUCUAGGCCAGUUACCCAAGCUUCGAGGGCUCUACAUUAAAGGUAUGCAGGAGUUAGAGAAAUGGACGGAGGUUGAAGAAUGCCAUUCUCUUUGCUCGCUAAAGCUUAGUAAUUGUCCAGAGCUAAGGGAGUUGCCUAGCAUCUUUCCAAAUUUACAAGUCUUGAAGAUCAAGAGCUGUAAUUCCUUGAGGGCUCUUCCAGUGACCCCAUUUUUGCAUUUUCUAAUACUCAUUGACAAUCUUAUUCUGGAGGAUUGGAAUGAAGUAAUGCUGCUGCUGCAAGCUGUUAAUGAUCAAGGCCAACAUGAAAUCAGGCGCCGUCUCCCUUUCAUUGAUUUGUUAGAACUGAAAGUAAUAGGCUGCCCCAAGCUGCAGGCACUGCCAGAGAUCUUCGCUCCACAAAAGCUGGUGAUCAGUCGAUGUGAGUUGCUGACUACUCUCCCACCACCACCCCACGCUGUACGUCUUCAGCAUUUAGCACUGGAUGGAUGUCAUGAUGGAGCAUUAGUGAGGGCAAUACCAGAUACCAGCUCCCUAUACUCGUUGGUUGUUUCCAGCAUCUCAAACAUAUCCUCACUUCCGAAAUGGCCCCAACUUCCCGGGCUCAAGGCGUUGUUCAUUCAUGAUUGCAAAGAUCUGAUGUCCUUGUCCAACGGAGAAGAAGGGUCGUCACUGCGAACCUUGACCUCUCUCAACCUACUUUCCAUCCGGAAUUGUCAAACGCUCGAGACACUAAAUGAGGAUCUACCCACUUCACUGGAGUGUUUGAGUAUCGCAUCAUGCCCCCUUCUGAAGUCAUUUUCACUGGAGAACCUCCCUUCACUCAAGGACCUUUACAUGGAGGAUUGCCCUAUGCUCCAGUCAUUGCCCGAGGAUGGGCUUCCAAGCUCUCUUAAACACUUGCAAAUCAAAACAUGUCCCCUGUUAACUGAGCGAUGCCAAAGGGAGGGUGGAGGAGGUCCAGAUUGGCUGAAAAUUGCGGAGAUUCCUGACCUGGAGAUUGAUUCACAUAUAGUCGACGUCCCCUCAACAUCAGUACCAAACCGCCACCGGCCAGUUUGGUAUCGUCAUUUUGUAUGCUGUAGAGGAAUUGACACUAAUGAUAUAGCCGGGGCAAACGAACGACCAAAUUAAUUCUCUUCAUUUAAUGCAAAGGCAAAAAGGACUAAAUUCAAAAGUGAAGACGCUAGGUUGGUGGUGCCAGCAAAACCAUCAGGUGAAAUUAUGCUAUCCAUGGUGAAAAGAUUAAGAAACUGCAGCUCUGAAUAUUGGAAAUUAAAUCAAGUUUAUUGGUGUACUUGUUUUAGUUGCUUUCUAAUUAGGAGUUAUUGGGUUCUAGUUUGGGUUUUUUUUCUUCUUCUUCUUUUUGAUCAAUGUAUGUAGUUGCAUGGUUUAAUGUGGGUGUUAAGCACUUGUUGAGGGUUUUAAUGUGGGAGAAUUUGAGGCUGACUGGCUGUGAUCUUGCCUCCAUCAUACCACAAAUAAAGUGUCUUAUGGGAUUGAAUAAAAAUUUCAUUUUUUAUGUAACUA